GCCUUCACCGGGAGCAGACCAGGAGUGUGUGCGUGAAGCAGCACGUGAUCUUUGCCCUCUCUGCAAUCCGAGUUAUUUGUUUGUUUGUUUUUAUUAAUUGUGUGUAUUGUUUAGUGUGAAUGAUGUCAUCCGCCGGUAACGCGUCGUUUCUCCCCUCCGCUAACUUCACCAACCGGUUCGCGCAGCCUCCGUGGCGCGUGGCUCUGUGGUCGCUGGCGUACAGCUGCGUGCUGGUGGUCGCCGUGUUCGGGAACUUGGUGGUUAUCUGGAUCAUCGUGGCGCACAAGCGCAUGCGGACGGUCACCAACUACUUCCUGCUGAACCUGGCGGUGGCGGACGCGGCUAUGGCGGCGCUCAACACACCGGUCAACUUCGUGUACGCGGCGCACGGGGACUGGUACUUCGGGGAGGCGUACUGCAAGUUCCACAACUUCUUUCCGGUGGCCGCCGUGUUCGCCAGCAUCUACUCCAUGACUGCUAUCGCUGUGGACAGGUACAUGGCCAUCAUCCACCCAUUGAAGCCGCGUUUCUCAGCUACAUUAACCAGAGUGGCGAUUGUGUGUGUGUGGAGCGCGGCGGUGGUGCUGGCCUUCCCACUCUGCUUCUACUCAAAGACCCGAGCCAUUCCCAAGAGGACGCUGUGCUUUGUGGCCUGGCCCCACCUCCGCAGUGAUGCUUUCAUGUACCACAUCAUCGUAGCAGUGUUGGUGUAUCUGCUGCCCCUAGUGGUCAUGGCAUUCACAUACAGCGUGGUAGGAGUCACACUGUGGGGCGGCGGCAUGCCGGAAAACUCCUCUGACAACUACCUGGAGCAGCUACAGGCAAAGCGCAAGGUGGUGAAGAUGAUGAUGCUGGUGGUGGCAACCUUCGCUCUGUGCUGGUUGCCGUAUCACGUCUAUUUCGUCAUCACAGGUCUUUACUCCACCAUCAACACGUGGAAAUUUAUCCAGCAGGUUUAUCUGGCAGUGUUGUGGCUCGCCAUGAGCUCCACCGUCUACAACCCCAUCAUCUACUGCUGCCUCAACAGCAGGUUCCGUGCAGGUUUUAAGCGAGCGUUUCGCUGGUGUCCCUUCAUCACCGUGUCCCACCAGGACGAGCUGGAGCUGAAGUCGGCCCGAUUCCAGCGGAACCGUCAGAGCAGCCUGUUCGCAGUGACCCGCCUGGACUCCAGCGCUGACACACACACCUCUCACUCAGGACACCGCAAGAGCUCCGCCGCCAGUCGCCACAGCAGCCUCAGCAGCCAAUCACGUCUCGCCACCCGCCUCUCUCUGAACGGCUGUCAGCACGCCCCAGGCGUAAACACCACACCCACCUAGAGCUCUCAGCCAAUCAGACGCCAGAAUCAGAGGAGUUACCUGAUGAAAUUUGUGAAGUGUAUAGUCGAGACUGAAUCACUCUAAAACGUCUCUAAAUACUCUACUUCCUGUUAAAUCACUUCCUCUUCCUUUUCACUGAAUGUGAGGUGAGUGCAGCGCUCACCUUCUUUAAACUCAUUUUUUAAUUUAAAGGUGAUUUCGAAAAACUUUAUACAAAGUGGAAACUUUCUUUUGGGGAAUUUGAAUUCUAUCUGAUGGCUGAUGAUGUCAUAGUAUGUGUUAAAGUAACCAAUCAGCAGCUUCGCUUCAGAUCACACUCAGUGGAACUACACACACAUUACAACCCUAACACACACUCAUUAUAAUCACACUUCUUUCUUUCUUUCUUUCUUUCUUUCUUUCUUUCUUUCUUUCUUUCUUUCUUUCUUUCUUUCUUUCUGUCUCUUUUGAGUAUUUUCUUGAUAUUUCUUCUUACUUUACAUGUAAAGAAUUUUUUUGUUUACAUUUUCCUUUAUUUUUAUUUUAUCCCACUGAAAUCUAUGUUAAAAAUAUCAGAAAUUUAAGAAUGUCACAUAAAUUCAUCCUUCAGCUCGUAAAUGCUCGUAAAGUGUUUGACUUUCACACAAAUGCGUCUGACUUUCUCUCAGAAAAUGAAAUGAGUCUGAAACGUGAUUUUAUGGAUCUUUACGUUCUCGUCUGUUUGGUUAUUUGAGGAAAUGAUGCAUAAUGUUCAGUUCUGCUGCAGGCUGAAGGCGGAGCGCCCCGUGAGAGAGAACAGCACUCUCUGAUUUACUCAUCUACAGUGUGAUCUGUUCAUUAUCAUUGUGUUUAUGUUCCUAACAGCAUCCGGCGAGUCUUCACUGUCUCUCUCUCUCUCUCUCUCUCUCUCGCUCUCUCUCUCUCUCUCUUUGGUGAAACAUUUUGUGGGUCAUUAUAGACAAUUUCUGUUUAUCUGCUGAAGUUUCUAGUUAAUUUUUCCUUUGAUUAUCCUGCUAGCUCAGAGCAGCAUUUUCAAGUAAAUGACUUGGAUGUAAUGCAGAGAUUUUAACACACACACACACACACACACUGCUUGCAGUACAUUAUGGGUAACACAUGUUCUACAUUCAGGGCACUAACCAGACCUCAGUUCUGUGAUGACACUAGCAGUCAUAUGUGUUAAUAGCAUGUCUUCAUGUGCUAAAUGCUAAUCAGCUGCACUGUGUGUAAACUGUAUGUGUUUAAUAUCAUAGAGAAAUGUAGCAAAGAGAUUUCAGAAAUAGAAAUACACCUAUUAGGAAUAACAUUCUGAGCAUUGAGAGGUGAAGUAAAUAACACUGAUUAUCUCCUCAUCAUGGCACCUGUUAGUGGGUGGGAUAUAUUAGGCAGAAAGUGCAUCACAGUUUGUUAUGUAUGGGGCUGCACAGACCAGUCAGGGUGCCCAUGCUGACCCCUGUGCACCACCGAAAGCAGCAACAAUGGGCACGUGAGCAUCAGAACUGGACCACACAGCAAUGUAAGAAGGUGGCCUGGUCUGAUGAAUCACGUUUUCUUUUACAUCACGUGGAUGGCCGGGUGUGUGUGCGUCGCUUACCUGGGGCAGUGUCACGCUUUGGGCAAUGUUCUGCUGGGAAUCCUUGGGUCCUACCCUCCAUGUGGAUGUUACUUUGACAUGUACCACCUACCUAAGCAUUGUUGCAGACCAUGUACACCCUUUCAUGGAAACAGUAUUCCCUGAUGACUGUGGCCUCUUUCAUCAGGAUAAUGCACCACGCCACAAAGCAAAAAUGGUUCAGGAAUGGUUUGAUGAGCACAACAACCAGUCUGAGGUGUUGACUUGGCCUCCAAAUUCCCCAAAUUCCCUCUCAAUCCAAUUGAGCAUCUAUGGGAUGUGCUGGUCCGAUCCAUGGAGGCCCCACCUCACAACUUACAGGACUUAAAGGAUCUGCUGCUAACAUCUUGGUGCCAGAUACCACAGCACACCUUCAGAGAUCUAGUGGAGUCCAUGCGUUUGAUGUGUCAGGGCUGUUUUGGCAGCAAAAGGGGGACCAACGCAAUAUUAGGCAGGUAGUUAUAAUGUUAUGCCUGAUCGGUGUAAAUCUGAACACAUAAUUAGCUUUGAUGCUAUCUGUAACACUUCCUGUUUAUUAGCUGGUUUUGUUUAGAUUUAGACUGAAACAAGACAUGGAGCAUAAGUUUGUGUGUUUCACUGUAGAGUUUUUAAUAAA